AUGACUAUAAAAAAUUAUUAUAGGGGAAUUGUUGUGACAUUAAGUUUCACUAUUGGUGCUAUCAUUAAAUUAGCACUUUUACCAUGCUAUCAUUCAACAGACUUUGAAGUACAUCGUAAUUGGCUUGCUCUGACACAUAGUUUACCAUUGAAUCAAUGGUAUUUUGAGAAUCGAUCAGAAUGGACACUUGAUUAUCCACCAUUUUUUGCUCAUUUCGAAUAUGGUUUAUCGAAAUUUGCUCAUUAUUUUGAUUCAGCUAUGCUCGAUAUUAAUAAUCAUAAUUAUGCAAGUGAAAAAACGAAAUUAUUUCAACGAUUAACUGUUAUCGGUAGUGAAGUUAUUUUAGCAUUAGCAAUUUUAUCAUUGUUAAAAUCUAUGCAAAUUGGCAGAAAAAAUCAUGAUAUACCGAUGCCAAUUAUUCAACUACUAUUCGCAUUGAGUCUACUCGUUAAUUUUGGUCUUAUUCUUGUUGAUCAUAUUCAUUUUCAAUACAAUGGAUUUCUAUUAGGUAUUUUAUUAAUAUCCAUCAGUUGUAUGUAUCAAAAUCAAUAUUUAAUGGGUGCAAUAUGGUUUUCAACAUUACUAAAUUUAAAACAUAUUUUUCUUUAUAUUGCUCCAGCUUAUGUUGUUUAUUUAUUCUAUGCAUUUUGCAUUCGACAAACUACUAUUAUUCCAUUUAUAUUUUCUUUUGGUCCAUUUAUUUUAAUGAACCAAUUACCACAAGUUUUAUCACGAUUAUUUCCGUUUAAACGUGGACUUUGUCAUGCUUAUUGGGCACCUAAUGUAUGGGCUAUAUAUAAUGUUCUUGACAAAGCAUUGGCUAUUGUUGGACGUUAUACUCAUUUAUUUCAUGUUCGUUCUAUAUCCGUAUCCAUGACAUCUGGUCUUGUGCAAGAUAUUGAACAUCAAGUAUUACCUUCUAUUACCCCAACAAUGACAUUUUUCUUAACAAUAAUCUUUAUGAUUCCAAGUUUAUUUCGAUUAUGUCGUCGUUGUUCUAAAAGAACAUUUCUUGAGACAAUUAUUCUUUGUGCACUUACAUCAUUUCUAUUUGGAUGGCAUGUUCAUGAAAAAGCUAUUUUAAUUUCAAUUAUACCACUCAGUUUGUUAGCCUUCGAUAGUCGAGAACAUGCUCGUUAUUUUCUUUUACUUUCUACAUUCGGUGGAUUUUCAUUGUUUCCACUUAUAUUUACUGGACCAGAAAUUCCAAUCAAGAUUGCACUUUUCGUUGCUUAUACAACUUUUCUUUUUUAUACACUCGGCGAAGUACAUGGUGAUCGGGGUUCAACUUGUACUCUUCCAUUGCUCAAUCAAUUGGAAACAUUAUCUAUUAUUUUAUUAAUUCCUCUUUGUCUCUAUGUUGAAUGUUUCCACACAGUAUUACAUAUUGAUCGUAUUCUUCCAUUUCUUCCUUUGUUACUGAUUUCUAUCUAUUGUUCUUUUUUUAUCAUGUAUUGUUGGAUUCGAUUACAUACAAUCGAAGCUCAUCAAGAAGAUGAAUUAACAGCUGUUGAAUCAACUGUUAAAUUUAGUGGACGAUGGAAUACGAAACAAAGAAAAAACCACUGA